AUGGACACGGCCGAUCAUUGUCAGACGGUGGUGUUUCAGCUGCCCAACGAAUCGGUGAUCUACGAUCGUCUCGCAGAUCUCCAUGCCUUCUACAAGCCCAUCCACACGUAUUUAUCCAUCGUUCUUUGUGCCUUGGGGGCUGUUUGCAAUUUUUGCAACAUCGUGGUCCUAACGAGGUACGUUGAUUUUGUUUGUUUGAGACUGUUUAGGCGACAAAUGAGGACUCCGGUCAACAUGAUCCUCACGGCAAUGGCCUGUUGUGAUACUGUGGUGCUGUUCUCCAACCUCAUCUAUACUACCCACUACACCUUUGUGGCGUUCGCUAAUUGUCAUCCCCGGCAUUGGAGCUAUGGCUGGGCUCUGUUCCUAGUUUCCCACGCCCAUCUCUCGCUCGUGGGACACACUUCCAGUGUGUGGUUAUCGGGUUAGUGGAGGUAUACAAUAUGACAUUACUUUCUGUUUAUUUUUAGUUAUGUUGGCACUUAUCCGAUAUCUGACUCUCAGGAAUCGCGGAAGGAUGUCCGGAAUGCAGGUGAGAGUCUUGCUUUUUGUUCUUUUUGCAAUCCUUUUAGCAGUUAAAUGUUGCGAUUACUAUAAUUAUGCCUCUCUGCAAGCCACCCCCGCUUUGGUUAGAAUCCCUAUUUGGCCCGUAUUAUCCUAUAAUCGUCUACGUGUUUUAUCCCUUUAGGGCUUUGUCUUUAACCAAAAACUUGAAGGGAGUUAGCCACCUUUUGCAAGACUACAUCCUCUAAUGUCAUCAUCUUUUACAGCUCCAUUGUACAUUCCUUUUCUUAAUAAAUACAAUUUUUCAGAUUGGCCUCAAGCACUCUUACAUCUCCAUAGCGGCGGUUAUUUUCUUCGUUUUAAUUAUGAAUUCCCCCAACUUCCUGACCUACAAGAUCAUAGAAAUGCCUCUCAAAUACACAUGUACAAUAACAGAUCCCUCAGUAAUGGCGGCCUUGGCUUACUUCCCCGAGGUCUCUGAUCUGGCCUUGGAAACGAACUGCUUGGUCUUCAGAAUGGCCUUUUGGAUCUCAGGAACCAUCUUCAAAGUACUCCCUUGCAUGCUGCUAACCUUGUUUGUAUGGUUGUUGACAAGGAUAUUGAAUGAAGUGAAGGAAAACAGGGCCAGAUUGAUGAAAGGAUCAGUAAAAAAUGGGAAUUCAGUUCAGCCAAAUGGCCUAAACAGGAUCCCAGAUGUCCGGAAGGAUUCGAAUCAAUCAUUGGCGCCAUAUUCGAAAAACAAUAGGACUAACUCUAUCAGGUAAAUACCGAAUUACCUUCUGUUAUUUAUACGGCCUAUACUACACUAUACAGUGGCGGUCAAAAAAAACGGCCACCUCAAGAUGAUGCGCUCUAGCGCAGAAGAGAGUGGUCGUAGGAAGAUAAAUAUGGUAUCAGUGUAAAGCUUAUGCAAUACUAAGACGUGUGACUAUAAACUUGUGGUGCUGUAGUGCUGGCUUAGCACGUACUGGGGCAAUAUGUUAUUUUGGCCUGGUCAAAAAAAAUGGCCACCCAUAAUUAUUAUGCUUUAAACGCGGUUUAUGUUAUAAAUUGCCGCCAUAUGCGACUGGACUAGGAUAACUACAUCAAUACACAUCAGUUCCAGUAUUUCUUACUUUGUACAUAUGCCCUCAGGCAUCAGUUAAGGUUGAUGACCUUGUUCAUGGUUAAGGCCCGGCCAAAUUUUUUUUUGGAUUUGUGUCGUUGUUUUGAUAAUCCUGAGCAAUACUAUAGACGGUAUUGAUCGUAUUCAUGUGUAAAACUGUCCACUUCUGCCACAAUUGCGCCCCUUCUGAUAAUAAAACUCAAAAAAGAAGAUUUUUUGGCCGAAAUUUUUUCAAAAAUCUGUUUUGGAGGCCGCUAAACAAUUAAUGUAGAAUCUUAAACAGACUUUAUUUGUACAAGAACAUCAUGGACAUUUGUUUCAACACGGCACCGGUUAAAGGAAACGACCGCCCGAAACGACAGAUACCGUUUUGUUACAGUUUUCGACUUCAGGAAAUAAUCAUAAACUUUGUCAAGGUCUGCAACCCGAAUUUUAACUUUAGGGGCUCAUAUUUAUCUUUAAAUGAUUGAGUGGUAUCUCAGCUAUGCCACAAAUGCAAGACUAGAUUCUAAUUUCUAUUCAACGAUGUUUCGGAAACGGGCAAAAUUCAUGAUUACUUCAUGAAGUCGAAAACUGUAACAAAACGGUAUCUGUCGUUUCGGGCGGUCGUUUCCUUUAACCGGUGCCGUGUUAAAACAAAUGUCCAUGAUGUUCUUGUACAAAUAAAGUCUGUUUAAGAUUCUACAUUAAUUGUUUAGCGGCCUCCAAAACAGAUUUUUGAAAAAAUUUCGGCCAAAAAAUCUUCUUUUUUGAGUUUUAUUAUCAGAAGGGGCGCAAUUUUGGCAGAAGUGGACAGUUUUACACAUGAAUACGAUCAAUACCGUCUAUAGUAUUGCUCAGGAUUAUCAAAACAACGACACAAAUCCAAAAAAAAAUUUGGCCGGGCCUUAACCAUGAACAAGGUCAUCAACCUUAACUGAUGCCUGAGGGCAUAUGUACAAAGUAAGAAAUACUGGAACUGAUGUGUAUUGAUGUAGUUAUCCUAGUCCAGUCGCAUAUGGCGGCAAUUUAUAACAUAAACCGCGUUUAAAGCAUAAUAAUUAUGGGUGGCCAUUUUUUUUUGACCAGGCCAAAAGAACAUCUUGCCCCAGUACGUGCUAGGCCAGCACUACAGUACCACAAGCGUAUAGUCACACGUCUUAGUAUUCCAUAAGCUUUACAAUGAUACCAUAUUUAUCUUUCUACGACCACUCUCUUCUGCGCUAGAGCGCAUCAUCUUGGGGUGGCCGUUUUUUUUGACCGCCACUGUAUGUACUACUUGAGGCGUAAAGUGAAUUUUUGUCGCGCAUCAAAAUAAAAUUGAAAAAAGUCAUUGCAGGGGAACUCGGGCAAACGGACGGGCAGACCGAACCACCAGGAUGUUGUUGGCCAUAGUUUGUGUGUUCUUAGUAACCGAAUUACCUCAGGGUAUCAUGGCGGUUCUGAUCGGACUCUUAUCCCAAGAGUUCCGGAAGAAUGUCUACAAUAAUGUCGGGGACAUCCUUGACCUGUUAUCUUUAUGUGAAGCAUGUACCUCGUUUAUUAUUUACUGUUCGAUGAGUGGCCAGUUCAGAAAUGUAAGCGUUUUCAAGCUUUGUGACAUUUUGUCCAUAGAAUGCAUCUAAUACAUAAUAUUGUUUUUUUUCAGGAAUUCCGUCGGGUUUUUAUUCCCGCUCAAGUCAGUUGUUGGUGGUCUCCCCAGACAGCCAGAAGGUAUUCAGAUGCACUUUUUUCGAAGACCGGCACUCAAUUUCUUCAAGUGGAUCCGGGGAAUGUCACCGACCGGUCGAUUACCAUGUCGUUGGUCGAUUCUUCCAAACAAUCGGUCCGUCGAUUAAGUGCGGACAAGGUCGAGGAAUCCCCAUCGUAUUCGCGGGCCUCGUCCUCCGAGCAUCGAAGGUCCACACAGUUCUCGGAUCGGGAGAUAGUCCACUCCAACGGUCAGGAGAUGCCCCUCUUGCUCAGUCCAGCCAACAGUGCAGAAAACGGGUCAGCACGAUGA